CGAGCAAGCGGUGACAGCGGCGAGCAGCGGGUGAGUGUUUUCCUCCAACCCCUGUUUGUAAAGUACCCAAAGUACAGGACGCUAUAUUCAGGUUGUCCAGAGAAUGAUGUCUGUUGUUGGUGCCAACAGUCUGGCCAGCAGUGUGUGGGGCUACGUGGACAGCACAAUAAAGUGGUGCUGGAUCCCCAACUGGCUGCCGUCAUGGUGUCCCACCUCUCAGAUCCAGCUGCAGACUGCAGAGGACAUGAUGCUGAGAUGUGUCGAAAGCCCUUUCUCCAAACAGCACAUCUCCGUCUCCAACGGCAACCUGCUGUGGACCCUGACAUUGAACGGUGACCCCGUCAAAGACAAAACCCCCAUGGUCCUGCUCCACGGGUUCGGUGGUGGCGUGGGCCUUUGGGCUCAGAACCUGGACGCGCUCUCCAAGCGUUGGCCCGUCUUCGCCUUGGACCUGCUGGGCUUCGGACAGAGCAGCAGGCCCCAUUUCUCCACGGACCCCUGCGAGGCAGAGGACCAGUUUGUGGAGUCUAUAGAGCAGUGGAGGGCCAAAGUGGGUCUGGAGUCCAUGAUACUGCUGGGACACAACCUGGGAGGAUUCCUGGCUGUGUCAUACUCUAUCAAAUACCCUGACAGAGUAAAGCACAUAGUGUUGGUGGAGCCCUGGGGUUUCCCUGAGCAACCUGACACAGUGGAGGCAGACCGUCCCAUCCCGGUGUGGAUCAAAGCACUCGGGGCCAUGUUCAGUCCCUUCAACCCGCUGGCUGGCCUGAGACUGGUUGGACCACUCGGACCCACUCUGGUCCAGACUCUGAGGCCCGACUUCAAGAAGAAGUUCUCCACCAUGUUCGCUGACAACACGGCGACAGAGUACAUCUACCACCUGAACGUGCAAACCCCCAGUGGGGAAACAGCCUUUAAAAAAAUGACCGUUAACUUUGGCUGGGCUGCGAGACCGAUGCUGCCGAGGAUGGACCAGCUUCAGCCCAAGAUCCCCAUCACCAUCAUCUACGGAUCCCGAUCCAGCAUAGAUAGCAACUCAUGCAGCACCAUCAAAGAGAUAAGGCCUCAGUCUCAUGUGAAGAUCAUAGUCAUCCGUGGAGCCGGACACUACGUGUACGCUGACCAGCCGGAGGACUUCAACCACAGAGUCUUGCAAGCGUGUGAAGAAGUGGACUGAAGCGGAGACGGACCUUGGCUACUGAACUCUGGAGAAAAAGGGGAGCACCAAUAACAGACUUAUCUUCAGCAGGAAACACAGGAUUCCUCUUCCUCACAGCAGGAAUAUUUUGAUAUCAUGGGAAAACACUUCAAGUGUGAAUAGACACCUAGACGUCUGCAUGUUUUUGUGAGGAAACACAAUGAGAAUAUUUUAGGAGAGCAAUUUUUAAUAUGAUAUAAUGAUAUUAUGUUUAGUCACAUCUUAAAUGAUAUCAAACUGAAACAUUCAAGAAAGCUCAGUUACGGUGUCGUGUGUUUCCUAUUUCCUGUAUAGAGCUCAACCUGCGGUUUGUGGUUUCUCCAUAUGAGUCUGAUGUUGACAGGAAACGCUCUCUUUAGUACAUUACGGCAUCAGCAGUGUUCCUUUCUAACUUGAAAGGUAAUUUAAAUUGCAUUAAUCCUGAAUGUGAACCCGGAUCAGCUCUAUUCUAUGGCAGGGAUGGUAAAUUGAGAUCUGCGAACAUCUUAAAUCCUUGCGAAUGCUUAUUUUAAUGCUCAGUAGAAGCUUAGUUUUUUGUAUUUUAAGGUGCCAUUGAUUUACUGCUAAGCAGCUGAUCCACACAGUAUAAUUGUAACAACGGUCUAAACAGUACUAACCCUGAAUAGUAUUGUUAACACUAAUACUCUUACCUAGAUAAAGGUUAAGCCUGAAAAUAAUAAUUUGAUGCAUUUAGAGAAAUGCAAAUUGAAGUUGCUUCUUAAUGCUAAACUCAACUGGAGCCCCUGAUGAGCAUAUAAUGCUCAGAUGCAUGAUAUCCACCUACACUCUCUCUGCUAAUGUCAUCUCCCCUACUUUGCUGGCAGCAACCUCUGGUUCAGAAAAACAAAGCCAAAAAAUACUCAGAGGUUGCAUUCUCUGUAAUGACCAUCAGGGGCGACUUCUCUGGUUGCAAAAAUAGUCAGGUUGUAUAGAACUCUAUGAGAAAAUGACCCUACUUCUUUCUUGAUUUAUUACCUCAGUAAACAUUGUAAACAUGAGUUUAUGGUCUCAAUGUCUAGUUUUAAAGUCUUAUUCAAUACAGCAUGAUGUUGAUUUAGUAAAUGAUGGUCCAUUUAUAGUCAAAUAGACCAUAAAGUGGAGUAUGCUUUAGGGCGGGGCUGCCUUAAACUUUGAACUGUUUUCAGUUCAUGAAGGUUAAUUGCAACAUUUUGGUCUGCUUAAAAUGUUUUAUUCAGCAUUCAGUUGUACUUAACCCACCCCCAUCUUGUUUCACUUCCGGAGCCCAAAAUGCCAACCUCAAGGCUUCAAAAUGGUGGUUUGCAAACCAAUGGGUGAUGUCACUGUUACUCCUAGUCCUAUUAUUAUAUACAGUCUAUUAGCUUGACAAGACUUCUACUGUCUAUAAAGAACACUGCUGUGUCUUGAAACAAAACAAAAACAACAAAGAAAAUUAAUUUGUGGGUUGUGUUUUAAAGCUGGAUAAUAGUAAUUUGUGUUUUAACAAAUGUCAUGUGAUUUAAAAAAUAUAAAACAAAACCUAGAAGUACAAGAUGUCGUCUGUGGCUGUGGAGAAACUUUUUGAAGUAUGGUGAUUUAAUCAGGGUAAUCUAAGUUUGGGCAUGUACACAUCAAAUUUCCAGCAGUUUAGUUGAGCUGCAUUUUGGGAAGUGUACGAUCCUGUGAUUUUAGACCCAUACUGUGGACUAGAAGUCAGUAUUCUUGACCUCUGAAGUAUUGGUUUUGACCAAAGUCUCUCUCAAGUCACCUAAUUUAUUAAAGUGCAAUAAUGGUAAUUGCCAUGUUUUAAUGCCAUAAAAAUAAUCUACGUGUUAAAGAAACCAGUGGAAAGUCUGCUAAACCUCUUUAUAGGUUUAAAUGAAUCUCAUGCCUGUGUACCUCUUCUGGUGCUACUUUAGAAAGAAUACAUUAAGUUGAACAUAGCUGAUUGUCUAAUCGAAAUGCUGUAACGUAAUCUGCAUCUACAAUAUUAAAGGCAGAAACUCUUAGAGUUUUAAGAAGGGGUAGGAAGGAAGUCACUUCAAUGCAAAGUCAUGUCUGCACAGUAUCGUUAUCUUUUGUCACAGGGAAAUAUGUCUUUGAGUUUCUUGAAUCAGUCAUAAAAAUAAAAUUGCGCAUUUUAUAUUGCUUCCAAAAAAUGUCCCUCAUGCGAUAUUUCUAAAUCUAUACAAAAAUAAAACAUUGCCUAUGAUA